AUGAAAAUACCUGACAAAUUUGUACUGAAACCGCCUUUUAGGAUAGGUAUUCGAGCUCAACUAACUGCUCUAGUUAGUAUUGUUGCUUGUGUAUCUUUAAUGAUUCUAGCCAUUACUACAGGGGUGUAUUUUACUGCAAAUUAUAAAAAUCUAAGAUCAGAUAGAUUAUACAUUGCAGCUCAAUUAAAAUCAUCUCAAAUUGAUCAAACUUUAAAUUACCUUUAUUAUCAAUGUUAUUAUGUAUCAUCAAGGGAUACUUUGCAAUAUGCAUUAACGAACUAUGUAGCGGGUAAUAAAUCAAAUGAAAAUUGGGCAGAUUCAGCAAGUAUACUACAGAAAUUCUUAAGUUCAAGUAAUUUGUUUUCAGUUGCAAAAGUUUAUGAUGCAUCGUUUACAACAGUUCUAAAUGUAACUAACAAUGGAACUGGUGAUCAAAUUCCUGACAGUAUCUUAGCAAAACUUUUACCUUUAUCCACUAAUAUUCCCUUAUCUUCAUCCCUGGAAACUACGGGGAUUUUAACUGAUCCCGUAUUGAAUAGUUCAACAUAUUUAAUGUCAAUGUCACUCCCCAUUUUCGCAAAUCCAAGUGUCAUAUUAGCUGAAUCUAGAGUUUAUGGUUACUUGACAGUAGUAAUGUCUGCCGAAGGCUUAAGAACUGUUUUCAAUGAUACAACAGCCUUAGAAAAAUCAAACGUAGCAAUCGUUUCUGCUGUUUAUAAUAACGUAAGUGCAUUGACUGCUUAUCGUUUUGUAUUUGCACCAAUGGGUGCCCCAUCAUAUAUUAUCAAUUCCACUUAUCGGUUAACUAACGGUUCAUUUUUAAGUUCUGCCUUGAGAGAAGGUAAAGGUGGUUCGUUGAAAAGUACAAAAUUCUUCUAUUCGAAAAAUGUCGCUAUAGGGUAUUCUCCAUGUACUUUUAGUUUUGUUAAUUGGGUAGCGGUGGUCUCGCAAGCUGAAUCUGUCUUUUUAUCACCAUCAACUAAAUUGGCUAAAAUUAUCGCAGGGACUGUCGUGGCAAUUGGCGUAUUCGUGUUCAUUAUGACUUUCCCCCUGGCUCAUUGGGCUGUAAAACCAAUUGUUAGAUUACAAAAGGCAACCGAAUUGAUUUCAGAAGGUAGAGGUUUAAAAUCAACUAAUCCAGAUAGUAGAAGUGUCAGUAGAAACAAUUCUUUGAAACUUCCAAGUAGAAAUACUAGUCAUUAUAGAAAUAGAUCGUCGGCAUCAUCAGUACAACAAUAUACUGGUGAAAAACAAAUAUAUCCUACUCAUUCCUAUCAACAUAAUACAAUCCGAAACAUGUCACCACAACGAUUGUCACCAUCACCGUUGGGAUUAUCAAUUAACCGCCAUAAUCACAAUAACGACAUUAACAACAACAACAAUAACAACAACAAUAUAAGUCCCGAUAAUAAUUUAAAUCUCCCUCUACAUGGUAAUAAUUUCCAAUCUGAUUCAGUUUCCAAUUUAUCACCAAGACAAGGUACACCUGAGUUGAGAAGAAGUAGUUCAGUAGGUGUAUUUAGUGACCAUACUGAGUUUAGUACAAAAAGUGGACAUUUAACUACGUCAGCAAAUCUAAUUGAAGCUCGAGUGCCCGAUUAUCGUCGAUUAUUUUCAGAUGAAUUAUCUGAUUUAACAGAUACCUUUAAUACAAUGACAGAUGCGUUAGAUCAACAUUAUGCAUUAUUAGAAGAUAGAGUUAGAGCAAGAACUAAACAGUUGGAAGCUGCUAAAAUUGAAGCUGAACGGGCAAAUGAAGCGAAAACGGUAUUUAUUGCAAAUAUCUCUCAUGAAUUAAGAACCCCAUUGAAUGGUAUCCUUGGUAUGACUGCGAUUUCCAUGGAAGAGACUGAUAUUUCUAAAAUAAGGAGUAGUCUAAAAUUAAUCUUUAGAUCAGGUGAACUAUUGUUACACAUCUUGACUGAACUAUUAACAUUUUCCAAGAACGUAUUGAAAAGAACUACUUUGGAGAAAAGAGAUUUUUGCAUUACAGAUGUGGCUUUACAAAUUAAAUCUAUCUUUGGUAAAGUGGCUAAGGAUCAACGAGUUAAAUUAUCUAUAACUUUAACCCCGAAUACUAUUAGAACAAUGGUCUUGUACGGUGAUUCAAAUAGAAUUAUUCAAAUAGUAAUGAAUCUAGUAUCGAAUGCAUUGAAAUUUACUCCAGUAGAUGGGAAAGUUAACGUAAAAGUUAAAUUAAUUGGUGAAUAUGAUGAAGCCUUAAGUGCUAAAAAUAACUUCAAAGAAGUUUAUGUUAAACAAGGUACGGAACUUCUUGGUUGUUCCAAUCCUAUCGAAAAAACAAACGAAUCUAUACCGUCUCCAAAAUCAGAGAAUAAUAACAGCUCCUCGACAACUUCUGGUAAAGAUACUACCAAUUCAGAAACAUCAUUUGAAGACGAGAAAUCUGCUGAUGAUUUAGAUGAUGAAAAAAUUGCAACGAAAGAUGCAGAAAAUGAAAACACUGAUGACACAGAAAACCUAGAUGAACAAACUGAUAGUGUAUGUGAUAAUAUUUCACUGGUAUCAACUAGUACAAGUUCGUAUGAUGAUGCCAUCUUUAACAGUCAAUUUAAGAAAUCUCCUGGAUUAUAUGAUGACGAUGAAAAUAAUGAUGCAGGUGUAUUAAUAGAAGAUCCAAAAACUUGGGUAAUACAAAUUUCAGUUGAAGAUACUGGUCCUGGUAUCGAUAAGACAUUACAAGAAUCUGUUUUCCAACCAUUUGUUCAAGGUGAUCAAACAUUAUCAAGGCAAUAUGGUGGGACUGGGUUAGGUUUAUCCAUUUGUCGCCAAUUAGCCAAUAUGAUGCAUGGUACAAUGAAAUUGAAAUCUGAGGUCGGCGUAGGAAGUACAUUUACAUUUACCGUUCCAUUGAAGCAAACUAGAGAAAUUAACUUUGAUGAUAUGGAACAUCCAUUUGAAGACGAAUUUAAUCCUGAAAGUAGGAAGAAUAGGAAAGUCAAAUUUAAAUUGGCUAGAAGUAUACGGAGCAAAAAAUCAAGAGCUUCCACCGUCACAUUUGGUACUGUUACUGAUUUAAAUCAUGUCCCAGAGAACGAAGAGGAGAUUAAAAAUGGUAGUCAAGCUAGCGUUGGUAGUUCCGGUAGUUCCAGUAGUGAUGGCGAGGAAAGUAAUAAUAGUAAUAACAGUACAACUCAUCAUAGCGAAGAUAGAACUAAUACCUCGGAAAAUACUAAUAAUAAUAAUAUUCAUGAAAAAGAACAUAAGCAUAAACAUGAACAUACUCAUAACCAUUCCCAUAAUCACGGUGAUUAUCCUGUUAGUUUAGAUAGACCAUUUUUACAAAGUACAGGUACUGCAACGUCUAGUAGAAAUGUUCCUGUCUUAUCUGAAUCGAACAAAGAUGAAGAUCCCGCUCAAAACAUUAAAAUUUUGGUUGCAGAAGAUAAUCAUGUCAAUCAGGAAGUUAUUAAACGAAUGUUAAAUUUGGAGGGUGUGAAUAAAAUUGAUCUUGCAUGUGAUGGUCAAGAGGCAUUUGAUAAAGUGAAAACCUUAUCUGAACAAAAUGAUUCAUAUAAUAUAAUAUUUAUGGAUGUUCAAAUGCCAAAAGUCGACGGAUUGUUAUCCACCAAGAUGAUUCGUAAAGAUUUACAUUAUGAUCAUCCGAUUGUUGCAUUAACUGCAUUUGCGGAUGAUAGUAAUAUCAAGGAAUGUUUAGAAUCUGGUAUGAAUGGAUUCUUAUCUAAACCUAUCAAGAGACCAAAGUUGAGAACAAUAAUAAAAGAGUACUGUCCAGGUUGGAAAUCUCCAACAGAAUGA